UGACAACAUUUACUUCCUGUAAGGAAACCAUUUCUAGUGUGGUGUGCUUGUGGGAGGUCUGGCCAGGUUUAGUCUUGAAACUUCCAAUUCAUGUCCGCAACAGAAUUGUACGCAGAAAUGAGGUAAUUGAGAUUGAAAUAUUCCUAUAUAUAUAAUUUCUUCCUAUUUUUGUCUUAGUAACAUUAAAGCUGUAAUUUAGAGUUGAGGUAUUCAGAAAGAGACAAAAUAGCAGAUGCAGACACUCACUACCGGUGGGAUGGAGGCUUUUUGUAAAUAUUUGGGCGUCAACAGGACCUUUUCUCUGAUAUGUUACAUGUUCUGGAUUUUCCCACCAGCAGAAGGAAACACCAUCUCACAGGUGGUUGGCUCCAAAGUGAUCCUGCCUUGUAAUUACAAGUCAAACAGUACAUUGGUUCAGCUUACAUGGAAAAUGAAUGACAAUAUCCUGUUUACUUACAAGCCAAAGACAGCCUUAUACAACAGUACCACAGCUCUCAACUUGAACAUAAGUAUGUCUAUGUCAGAGAGCCAAAUGUCCGCUCUGGUCAUAGAGAGAGUCCAGAAGUCUCAUACAGGAAACUACACCUGUGAUAUCAACACGUUUAAAGGAAUUGAAGAUCCGAGGAGGUGGGAUCUGAUAAUAACAGAGCAUGAGGAAGCUGGAAAUGUGGACAAGCUAUUGAUUGCUGUGGCAGCGGUUGUUCCUUGUGUGUGUUGCCUGACCUUUGCAUUAGCUUUCAUCAUUCUGCAAAGAGUCCGCAAACAACGUGCAGAGGAUCCUUCUCACAUUGCAGAAAUGCAGCAGAAGCAAGAAGAAGAUAUUUAUGAAAACUGCCUGGAAGGUCAACAACGUGGCUAUAAUCAGCCUCGCUAUUACAAAGUCAGGGCUCAAUGACAUGAAGCACAGUCCAAAGAGAGAGAAGAAAAAGGAAAUGGAGUACUGGGAGUGGGCACAUCUGUGAAACUAAUCAUUUUAUAAAACAACCAUCCUUUAUAAAAUAUAAACAAAGUUGUAAAACCUGUUUUUUCCCCAUCCUUUCUCUAAAUUAUUCUCUAAAUUUAACUUGAAUUACUUCAGUCCUUUUACUAUAUUAUUUACUAUGUUCCAUAAAGUUUAUGGUUAUACUUUCACAGAUGCUCAAGAUUAUGGCGUAAAUUUAACCAUAUCCCACGCAAGAAAUAUUAGUGUGUAAUACAUUUUUAAAAAGAUUGCUGUGAUGCAGCUGGCAAAAUGUCAUGUGACAUCAUAAGACCCAUAGUUAAGCUUUUGAUUAUACAUUAGGCUUACUGAUUUAGUGUACAAAUCAGUAAGCAUUUGGAAGACAAUUGAAAUAUGAAAUAUCAAACAGUAAACGGAAUACAGCUGCUCCAAGUAAAAGACAACAUUAAGGUAAGAAAGCUACAAAGACAGGGAGAACUGAAGACGAGUAAAGGUUCAACAGCCCAUUAAAGCUUAGAUUCUUAGUGAUUUUUGUAACCAAUGGUAGUUGAGCUUAAAGGGGUGCUCCAGUCAUUUGGUAUUCAAAAACUUGAGUCACUGACUCUCAAGUGAAAGCUGAUUAAACAAAAUAUUGAAAAUGGAGAAAUGGGCUUUGCAAAUGAUUAUUGAAAUAAAUGAUUGUAGUGUCCAGUAACACAAUGUACAUAUGGAUGUGAGUAUUGCAUUUAGACAAAAAUAAAAA